CCGGGACGAUGACUGUCCAGUGGACGGCGGUUGCCGCCUUCCUGUACGGCGAGGUGGGAGUGCUGCUCGUGCUGUGCCUGCCCUUCAUCUCCCCGCUGAGAUGGCAGAAGAUUUUUAUGAUUCCUCUAUGGAGCAAAAUGGCUGUCUUUUGGAACAAAAUGUUCCUUACAAUAAUAGUCCUACUGAUCAUCUUGUUUCUUGAUGCUGUUAGAGAAGUUAGAAAGUACUCAGCCAUUCAGGUGAAUGAGAAGAUUGCAAAUGUCAAUGCCAAUGCCAUUGAUCACAUUCAGAUGAAACUCUUCCGGUCACAAAGAAACCUUUAUAUCUCAGGUUUUUCCUUAUUUCUGUGGCUUGUUUUGAGACGUACUAUUACCCUUCUUACUCAGUUGGCAAAAGGCAUGGCAUCUCAUGCAGCUCUGGAAAUGCAAGUAAACGACGUGACCAAAGCAGCCAAAAAAUACAUGGCUGAGAAUGAGAGGCUACAGGAGGCCCUGAAUGAAAAAGGAAGCGGUGAAAAUAAAGAGGCGAUGGAAACAACUAAUGGAAAAUUGAGGAAAGAAAUUGGACAGUUGAAAGCAGAGUUAGAGAAGACGUCAAAUGGUAAAUAUUGGGUAGGACUUCUUUGGGGAAUAAAGAAAAAAUCUUUUCAACACUAGAGGUCAAAAAUUUAUUCUUGGUAUUGCAUUAACUAUAAAGCACAUAGGAACGUUGGUUUGGGAUUUCUUUAUAUUUGAUAAAGGACUGGAAAAAUACACCAUCACCAUCACCAUGUUAUAGCAGAUUUUCAUUAUGAAAAUGUUAGUGGUAUGAUUUGAGCACCUUAGUUAAAUUGUAAUUAUAAACAAAUGGAACUGAUAUAUUUUAAUGGUGUUGACUUAUCCCCUAGAUCUUAUUGGUGAAGAUACAGAAUAAAUUGCAAGUUUCUGCAGGCAUCAGACUGAUUUUUCAUGUCAUAUAACAACUAAUCUCUAUAUAUAAAAUGGGGAGAUACAUGGUUGAGGGCUUUUCCUUUUCAAGUCUAAUAGGAAACAUUUCUUGCAAUUUAUAUUGUGACGCAUAUUAGGAGCUUCUGUGUGUAAGGGUUAGCUUGUCAGAAUUGCUUUCAUGGCAGUCCAAGUUGAAACAGAGCAGAUUUUACCUGUUUAGUUCUGUCUUGUUUGGAUUUGUCUAGGCUUACGAACAUCUACUCAUCUGAAAUUAGUGUUUUUGAGAUAACACUGCCUGCUAUCUUGAAAGCAUUAAUCAGAUAGACAGGCUAUUACAAAACACAGGUUUUCAUGGUACCAGAUAGCACAUUGUCAUCAAAACACAGUGCUGCUUUCGUAUUGCAUGGUGCUGCUACAAAGCAAAAAUAGCAACGCCAAAUAUUUUAUGAAAUCUUUUCUGUUGUCCACUGGGAAGGCAAACAAGAACAGGACAGCUGUUUUCAGCUAGGCUUGAAGCAGCAAGAAUUUCUAAGCAGAAGGUCUUAUUAAUUCACAUUCCCAGGCAGGUUUGAUUGUGGGUUUUCCCUCUCCUGCUGUUUUCUUAUAAAAAUGUAGGAAAGCUGCCUUUGAAGUGACAGGAUCAAUGAAAAAUAUAAAUGCAUAUGUUUUCUUUAGACUAACUGAUGGUAUGUAACUGUAAUAUAAUGUAAGCUUUUCAGUCGGUAGCUCUUGAAAAAGUGGAAGAAUAAAUAAAUUUACCACAUGCUGCUUCAGCUGCUCUCUCUCUGCAGGCUGUUGUCUACCUAGAAGAAAUAUGAGUGAAGGCAUGCUUGAGUCUUUUUGCUGGGGGGAGAAAAGUAGGGGAGAGGAUCUUAAUGAAUCAGGAAAUAUUUACAGCCCUCCUCCUGUUGCCACCCCCUUUUGUAGCCAAAACCUCAAACAGAAAAUUCCAUGGCUAUGUUAAUUGCCAUCAGCUAGAUGGUGUGGGGAUAUGUCUGUCUUAAGUUUUUGUAAAUUUUCAUAUACCUUUUAUUGAGGAAACUGAUAUCCAACAAAUUAGAAGUACGUGAUAAUAAACACUAAACACAUCCAUAGACACAGCUUUCUAUGGGUUAGUCUGCGUGUGGAUUGAACUUACUGUUUUCUUUUAAAACUUCUCCAGCUGAGCAGGUAAAUGUUGUGUUUUAUGCUCACUAAAUGUGAGAAAUGUCCUACGUAAAAUCAAAGUUGGGAUUGUUAAAAAGAAGUAAAACAAGCUUUUCAAUUUUUUGCAUGCUGUUGAGCAUGACUAAAACAUAACCUUUCCCUUGUGUCCACAAAGUCCAGUUCCUGAAGUUCCGGGGAUACUUGAGGAGGAGGAAGAGAUUAAGAAUGUAGGUGGUACCUAGUUUUGAAACAGAACAAAACCAAUUAAAAAAAAAAAAACACUUUUUUUUUU